AUGUCUAUAUCACCACCUGAAGCUCCACCAUAUCCAACAACACCAGAAGAUGAUCGUGAAAAUGAUGAAACAUCUGCAGCUGCUUAUGCAGAAAUAUUGUCAUUUCAAUGGUGUUUUGGUUUUAAUAAAGAUUUGCCAGUACUUAAUUUAUCAAUAAAUAAUACAAAAAAAAUCUUUUUUAUUGCUGCACAAAUUGGAGUUUUAUAUGAUUUUGCUUAUAAUCGACAACAAUUAUUAAUUGGACAUAGAAAUAAUAUAACAUGUUGUUGUAUUAGUAAUGAUAAACGUUGGUUAUGUACAGCUGAUAGUGGUCGAGAUUGUACAAUUAUUAUUUGGGAUACAAUAACUGGAUUACCGAAUCAAACUUAUUUCGAUGUCAUUAAUGGAACAGGAGCAGUAGCAUUUAGUAGUGAUGCAAAAUAUUUAGCGACAUUAAGUCAACAAGCUCCUCAAAUAAUGUCAAUAUGGGAUUGGACAGCUGAAGGUGAUAGACCAAUAUGUGCAUUAGAAUUAAAAAAUGAUUAUUCAAAUCAACAUUAUUUACAAUUUAAUCCACGUCAAUCAACACAAUUAGUAUCAAAUUCAACAACACAAGUUAUUUUUUAUGAAUGGUCACAUGAAAAUGGUUUAAAUUAUUAUGAUCCUGAAUUAACUGAAAGAACAUUUAAUACAUCACGUGAAAAACUUGGUUAUUUAACUCAAUCAGUUUUUCUUCUUCAUCCAACACGAGUUGUAACAGGUACAACAACAGGAAAACUUGUUCUUUGGGAUUGUAAAACAAAUGGAAAUAUGUUUGAAAUGAAUAAAAAUCAACCGAAUAUAGUUCAACAAAAUGAUCUCUCACGUCAAUCAACAAAAAUAACAGAAAAUAGAGAAUUUACACGUGAUACAUUAAAAUCAUCAACAUCAACACGUAGUGGAACUUUAUCAUCAAGAAAAUCUUCAGCUAAAACAAAUGAACAAAUCGAUCAAGAUGAUGAAGAAAAAACCUACAAACAAAUACCAUUUAAUGAACCACAACAACAGACAAAUAUUCAAAAUAAUGAAGAACGAUCAGAAUUUUCCUAUAUGAAUAAGCGAGCAUUAAAAUUAUGUGAACCACAACAAAAAGCAAUUACUGUUUUAGCAACAACUAAUGACCUUGUGGUAACAGGUGACAUUGAUGGUGUAAUUCGUUUUUUUGAUCAAGAACUUAAAUUACGUAUGUGGUUUGAAAAUUAUCGUAUUGGACCAAUUGAAUCAAUAUCAUUUACAUAUACAACAUCUGAUUAUUCUCCUCCAUAUAUAACAAAUCCAACACAUAAACAUAAUGAAUCAACAUUAACACAAACUCCAUUUUCAUCAUAUGAUUUUAUAUUAUCAUCAUCUCAUGCUGUUAUUGCUCAUGUAACUCAUUCUGGUCAACAAAUAUCAAUUAUAAAACGUGAUUCUUCAACAGCUGUUUAUGCAUUGGAUACUCAUCCAUUUGAACAUAAACUAUGUUUUGCUAAUGCAUCUGGUCGUUUACAAUUAUGGGAUUAUCAACAAAAAAUGAUUAUAACAAGUGUUCAACAUGCACAUGAUAAUGCUAUUACACAAUUACGUUAUAAUCAUAAUGCAAAUUUUAUUGCUGUUGGUUAUUCUAAUGGACAAUUAACAUUAUGUGAUGCUUUAUCAUUAGAAAGUAUUCUUAAAGCACCAUUUCAAUAUGCUAAAGCAGCUAUUCUUUUUAUUGAAUUUUCACAAACAUCGACUUAUUUAGCAACAGCGGAAGACGAUUAUACAGUAUCUGUUUAUCGUCAAAAUUUGGACAGUGAAGAUAUAUAUACAUUUCUUGGUCGUUAUCGUGCACAUUAUAAACCAGUUCGAACAUUAUUUUUUGGUUUAACACCUGAUGAUAAUCAACCAAUAUUAACUACAAUUGGUGCUGAUCGUAUAUUAGCUGAAUAUGAUUUAAAUGAAAGUGAAAUUGAUCAUCUUGCUUUAAAACCAUCGACACGUAUUGAACAAAUAGCUGAACCAAUGUCAGCUUGUUAUUAUCCAUCAUCAUUAACAAAAGAAUCAUUUCUUGUUACAGUUAAUAAUGAAUAUAAAUAUAAAUUAUAUAAUUCCGGUACAAAAAUGUGUCGAAAAACAGUUUUAGGUCCAACAUUUGGUUCACCAAUACGUAAAAUUGGAAUUCUACCAAAAUUAGAUGAAAAUUCAAAUGAAGAAUAUAUUUAUUUUAUAACAACAGAUAAAAUAGGUCUUCAACGUUUACCAUUAACUGGUAAUCCAUAUGAUCAAAUGGCUAUAAUAGCACAUCCAAAUCGUGUAAGUGAUAUACGUUCUAGUUAUGAUGGACAAUAUUUAUUUACAAGUGGUGGACUUGAUAAUGUUGUACACAUGUUACAUGUUAAUCCAGAAGUUUUACAAGCACAAGCACAAUUAGGUGGAAAAGAUUUAAUACCAUUUUAUAAAUUAUUAGAAGGUGGAAGAGAUGGAGAAAUUUUUCGAGAAAUGCAAGAUUUAUUUUAUUACAGUCAAUUACGAUAG